GAGAUCCCUCACCGCUGACAUCACCGGGAAGACAGGAAGUGACAGAUAGACAGAAGAAGAAAGAGCGAGGAGCUCCGGGACGAAGAGAGACGGCAGGAAGUGGAGAAGAAGAAGAAGAAGAUCAUGUCCUGCAGGAAAUGUCACGACAUGUAAGUAGUUCAUGAGUCAGAGAGUGAACGAGUAUAAGGGGUAAAAACUGUGUAUGAGAAUCUUUAUGUGCACCUGCAGGUAAAGAGGACAGGACGAAUUAUUGAAGUAGGUCUGAACUGGUUUAAACAAACUGGUUUCCAUCAGUGUUUGUGUUCUCCCAGUCUGAGAUCAUGCUGGAGGAUAAAGCUGAUCACUGA